AUGUCGUCCUCACUCUGUCCAUUGGGUAGCAACCUCGCCCAAGGUAUUUAAAACUGUCUACUUCUUCAGGUUGACAGCCAUCAAUCCCCGAGAGGUACAUUUUCGUGGUCAAGGACGCAGCUUGAAAACACUUUGCUCUUCCCAACGUUGAUGGAUAAACCGACUAAUUUAGCUACCUCAUCCGCCCGUGACGCCGCAGACUGCAGAUCAACAAAACUUAAAACAAGUAAGGCGAUAUCGUCAGUCAGUGUCCGGGUGCAAACUCAACGUCGUCAUAUUCGUGCAGGGCCCUCCUGAGAAUCCAGUCAAUAGCGUAUUUUAACAGAAUCGGCGACAGUAUGCAACCAUAUCGAACGUCAGAUCGAAUGCCGAAUGGUUGGGAAAGAUUUUUAUGGACCAGAACUUGUGCCGUGGUGGAGCGGUAAUAGACCUUGGUCACGGCGAUGAUUUUUGGCGGUACACCGUCUAGCGCCAUUAUCCACCCCAGGGACUCACGAUGGACGGAAUCGAACGCGGCGGCAAAGUCAAUGAAGCAGACGGCCGUCGGUUGCUAGUAGCUAUGGCGGAAUUCGAGAAUGUGCCUCAGUGUGAAUACCUGGUCUGCGCAUCCACAUCCAGCUUGGUUGGGCCUCGUCCUUGAGUCACGCACAGUUUGGGAUCGCCUAAGGAGGAUAGUUGCGAAGAUCUUUGCAGCAACGUCGAUGAGGCAGACGCGACGUAAGUUCUCGCAUCUCGUUUUAUCUCCCUUCUCGAGGAUAAUUACAAGGAUGCCUGAGUUCCAGUCGUCAUGAUCAACUUCGUCUUUACGCAUGUUCUAUCACCCCACGGAGCCAAGACGCCAGAGUUUCGCCACAAGACUUGUAGAUUUCAAAGGGUUUACCGUCCUCUCCAUAGCUUUCUUAUGGCAUCACCGACUUCUCCUUAGGAAGGGGGGUCGCAUGACACUGCAUAGGUGGGAGAUGGAAGGAACUCCGCUGCAGAGGAGAGCGAGGGCGUGGUGGGAUGGACAUCGGAGUUGAGAUGGUGCUCGGAGCGCUCACGCUAACGUUCGACUUUGGUUGAAUUGUCAGCAAUAAAGCCGCCGUUCACGUCGCGAACAGAGUCACUCAGUGCAGAGGACUUACCACUAACUUUUCGGAUGAGGUGGUGGAGUUUUAGAAUGUCACCGACGUUCGAGGUCUGUUCCAUGGAGGCCGCUAUUUCAGCCCAAUACUGCUUUCGCUCAUCCUUGUCCGACUUUGCCGUCAUCUUUCGGAGUUGGAGAAAGGAAUCAUCACUAGGGGACCUGACUCGAGCCGUUUGAGCAGACAACUGCAGGGUUCUUCUGCUAAUCCAGUCACUGCAGUGUCGCUGGGUAUAUCCAAGGAUUUUCUCAGAUGCCCCAUAGAUUGACGUUUUCAAUGACGACUACUGGUUUCUGCCUUCUCUGUCGGCUCGGGUCGUGAAGCAGGACCGAAUUUCUCUGCUCAGAGCCUCGGCAGUGCUGGUUUGCCAGAUUUUCGCGACAUCGAGGAGUCUAGGACGUGGCAUUUUUGGCGCGGAUGAGAGGUGAACGUUCAAGCGUUUACGAGCGGGAAUAUGGUCCGACCCAUGGACGUUACCAGUCUCGGCACCGUGAACCCAUCCGCGGAACCUUGAGCCGACUAGUAUGUAGUCAAUCUGACUGGCCGUAUGACCGUCGUUUGAAUACCGGAUCAGCAGAUGUUUGUUGCGAUGCUGGAAUCACGUUUUGGUGACAAGCAGACGGUUCUGAUCAACGAAUUUCAGCAAUCUCUCGCCAUCUUCACAUCGCGAACCAAUCCCAAAGCGGCAAAAAAGAUAACUGUAGAGUCGCCAGAUCCAUUCCGGCCAUUCCAAUCCCCGGAAACAAUCAGCAGAUCGCGGCGAGAGAGUCUGUCAACUAACGCUCGCAGUUGCGAGUAAAACGCCGGCAGCUGGGGUUGAUGCGUACACAGAAACGAUAGAGAUGUUCGUGAAGUGACCCUUCAGUCGCAGGCAGGCCAUCAGGUUAUUGACUGGUUCUCAAGCAAGUAAAAUAAGGUUCGCUUGUUGCGAGAGGGCGAUCGUCAUACCGUGUCUACCAAAAGAGUUGCGUGGACCGCUUUGGCACAGAGUGAAGUGUGAUUCGACUCCAGAGAUCUUUAUUUCUCGUGAGUUUGAGUCAGGAAGUCGGACAGGCAGCAGACAUCCAUGUUGUACUGAUAAAGGCAGCGCGCGAUCAUAAUUUGGGUGCCAAGGUCUAGGAAUGUUCGCACAUUCCAGCAUGCAGUACCAACUGUCGGUUCCCGUGAACGUCGUAGCAUGGAUCCUAAUCCUGUGAUCGGAUAUAUUUCAUGAGGUUUCUUGGAAAUUUAGAGUACAAGCGAGUCUCCAGUAGCCACUAACAUUGUUUGUUCGAGGUUGUCUCCUCUAGCGUCAUGGCUCAAGAGCCCAACUAUAAGGCGGCGGUGGCGAGCCACCGCCAUGGUCGCCAUGCCACAAUGCCGUCAUCGGACUUAACGGCUCUUUUAUAAGACUUUCAACGUGCCAGACCUCAGCUUUCCGCACACUGGCAGCGCUGUCGCUGCUGGUCCCCGACUGCUUAUUCAUCAGACCCGACAGCCUGCCUAUUUCGCAUCUACCCCUCACUAAAGACGGUUCCACUCUCCGGCACCUGGUAGCUGGCAGUUAGGCUAACUGGAAACCCGCCUUCCCGGCCCGAUCCCACGAUCUGUUGGCAGUCUACAGUUCCGCUGUUUAAGAAACUGCGGGGGGGGGGAGUGGAACCCAUUUUUCCUAGAUAUUUUAUUCUUGCUGAGAUAUGCCUGCGUCCAAUCCCUCUUUUCCCGCUUUUUUUAGCAUCCGUCCUCCUCUCAUUGGUUCUUUGCCAUGCUCAACAGCAGGGCAGGCUUUUAACCAUGUCCGAGAGUCCGCCUAAGCACUUAACUUUUGACUACUCCCUCUGUCCUUCCAACGGCGAUGUCAUCGCGCCUAAGGUAAGCAUCCGAUACUUCCGUAAUUUCGUAAUUUUUCUCUUCUGUGGGAUUACGACUUUUGGCCGAUAGGGUAGUCCAAAUCCUUACUAAAAUAUGCUCGGAUACAUACUCCUCUUGCCCCCACCCCCUCAAAAAUAGUCGUCAUGAGCUCUAGCUCUAGACUGCGUUAGCACUCAUUCCAGUGUGACCCGCCUACGAAGUCUCCAAAAUUCCGCCCAAACGUGCGCUUUUUCUGUAUAUGUUGGGCAUGUAAUCUACAUUCCAUGAAGCGUAAGCUCAGCUGAAACCUGUGCGUCUCGGCUCCAUUUCCAUGCGACGCCUCUGCAGCCUGUGUGAUUCGAGUCUGAGACCAUCACGGUGUGUGUGGAUCGCCGACUGAGGCCCCAACUCAGUCCACGCAGUCUGCCUAAUUGUGUGUGUGUACAGUAGGUGAGCUGACUCAUGAAAUGUCCACCAAAAUUCCGAAAUGCGUUUUCGUUUCUAACAGAUUAAAUUAGUAGGGUUGUAAAACCAAUCAUCACGCAGCAUAAUUAUAUAAUAAUUCAGCUACUCCAGGAUGCCGGCUUUCGAAUGAACUCCUUUCCGACUGCAUGCAAGAAGUAUGCUCUGCAAAAAAUGACUACUUCAGUAGCAUAAAAUUUUCUCAUGCAUUUUCGCUGUUAUUAAAAAUCCAAUUAUAUUUCAUGGAAAACAUGCAUAAAAUAUUCCUUUUGCCUAUUCGGUAGAAAACUGCAUCUUCCUACUUUAUACUCUAAUGAAGUGUAUAAUUCGGUUUUCAAAGACUCUUCCAUUUCCCGAAUACUUUUGAACCCGCUCCGCCGUUACACUUGGAUUCAGGGUUUCCAAUCUACAAGGCGUAUAUUUUCCGCGUACGGAAAACCACGCAUUUCUCUACGGUAAUAAAGGUGGACCAUAUAGGGUUCAUAAAAUUCCGCAGUAGAUUUGAUCCAUAUUGUUAACUUUACAAGCCACAUUGAUAAAUGCAGAGACAUGACGAUUUAUGAACGGCCAUUUCACGGUAUUUAAAAGUCCCACAAUUAGGAACUUUUAAAACCGAAUUAUCUCCCUCCUUCGAGCAUAAAAUUAAAAGAAGACGUAAUUUUCUACCGAAUGAAUAAAAGAAUUAAUAUUUUACGCAUGUUUUCCAGGAAAUAUAAUUGGGCUUUUAGGGACAUCGAAAAUCAGUGAGAAAAAUUCAUGCUAUUUAAGUAGUCAUUUUUUACAGAGUCUAGUUUCUGCAUGCAGCCGAAAGGAUGUUCAUUCGAAAGCCAGCAUCCUGUGGUAACUGAAUUAUUAUAGAAUUAUGCUGUAGGCUAACUAGUUUUACAAACCUACUUAAUUACUCUUUUCGAAACGAAAACGCAUUUCGAAAUCUUGGUGAGUAUUUCAUGAGUUAGCCCACCUACUGUGUAUGUGGAGUGGCGGGCUGGUGGGCUGAGAGCCAGGCCGAAACACCUCCUUCUUAAUGCGACCUAUAGCAUCCAGGCAUGCGAGAAGUACGCCGCCCAACCCUUGUUGUGUGAAAUCCUGGUGUUUGUGCUUGAGGGGCCAGGUCGUGCAUGUGGCGCGCCCGCGGACAAGGUCACUAGAUGUGCCAGCCAUCGCGCCAAUUCCCUGCACAUGUCAGCUGGCCGGCUCGGACAGUGACUAAGGUUUGGGAAUUGGAAGGGAGAGUAAGGUCGACGACUCAGCGCAUAUUCCUCCCUAUAACCAAUCUGACGUGCUUGAAGCUAUCACGGUGCGCUAAAAGCCGUGACUUGAAAGGUUGCCAACUGACGGGGUAGUAACGUGGACCUCGUAGUCGACCUAGUGUUUGUGUUUGUGAGGAGCGACCGAGCGGUGGUCUAAGGGUCAGGCUGCAAUAGUUCCUUCAAAAUGUGGCCUUUAUGGCACUUCCACUCUGUGAGAUCCAAGUGGUGCGGCUUCGGCCGCGUCAGCCUCCCUUUUGUUGUUAGUUAAAAUCCUGGUCAUUUGCUGCGUGGACCAGGGGGUGGGGAGUGGAGCGCCACGGUGCGGGCUCGACUGUACCAUCCACUUGCGCCCUCCCCCGCUUUGGUUUUCUUCUACCAUGUCUCUACACCGGGGCCCAGGUAGGAGAGAAGGAGAGAGUGCGGUAGAUGCUGCGCAAGUAACCGCGCCUGCCUCAUCUGGCUGUGGAGCACACGGUGGGCAUCGUCGGAUGCGACAGUCGAUUUGUCACUAUCUGUAUGCCAUGCAGUGCAAUCCCUAGGUAUUCCAAUCACUCCAGUAAUCUGACUUUUGAAUGUGCAUCUUUUUGCCCACCUACAGAAUUCAUACUCGCCAAAAACAUCUGCAUAAGUAGUAUGAUCCCCGUCGAUCCUCCAUGUGCCCAUAAAUUCGAAAUUAUUUAACAUAAAGCAUACAAAAAGUAUGCCUUCUUACACCCACUUUGAUAGAAAAUCUCAUUUUCUUCGAGUUUUCCGUCUGACGCUACAGGAUUUUAAGGUUUAAAAAGGUUACUAAUUUUGAAAUUUUAGGGCCGCCCUGUAUCCGUCAUUUUGUCAAUGCUCCCUGUGAAAUAUCUAACGUGGUUCAUAUCUGUUGCAAGAUUUUAUGAGAACUAUAUGGGGCCUUCGUAAUGGCGUAAAGAAUUUGUAAUUUUCUUUAAAUAAAAUACACAGCUUGUACUCUCGUAAGUUUAGGCGUAAAUUCAACGGCAGUUCUGGUUGGAAACUACUCGAGAAUCUAAAACUUUUUUCUAACUGGUAUAUACUGUGUUUACGAGCGGACAAUUUGCAUAAAGCUGCUACGUUUCGACUUAUACGGGAAGCAAAAGUCGAUGGAAGAAAAUCAUACUACUUAGGUAGUCGUCUUUCGCGGGCUUUAGACAAAGGUAGGGUGAAGGACUCCAAUUAGGUGUGAGUAUACUGUGGAUCCUGUCAUACGAGAAUGGUGGUAAUUGGGGGUGGGGCAGUAAGCUGACGGAACGCAGGAAAGCUCAGAAGACGGUCGGUGGCAAAAACGAUACUUCCGAGUAAAAUAAUAAAUGUAUGCAGUUACGACGUUCAGCUAGAUAUGCCAUGACGUUCCAUCUUGAAUGAGUGCCUGACCAUCGAACAACUGAGCCUAUCCUCUGGCAGACAUUUCCGAUAUCUCUCAAUUCAGGCUCAGUUUAUCUCCGUUUAUUUUUUUAUUUCUCCCCUCUUGAGUACAACUGCCAGUCAUCGCUAUUUAACUAGGUUUCACAUGUAUAUACGUCAGCACACGGUCCACAGUCUACUGGCAGCUAAUUGGGGUCCUUCACCCUACUGUCGCAGAGGUUUAUUUCUGUAGACGACCGAAAGACACGAAUUCCGGCACGACGGGAAUAUCUCCGCAUUAUGCUGUCUUAUAGCCCCACCUGAGUAAUUCCUUCUAAUCGAGAUCACACCUCAAAACAUCAUUCAUUAAUAUGUAAUGUGAAUUAAGCAGCUUUUAACUUACCUGUAAGAUCUCGGUAGUUCUAGUUCUUACCUGGCUAAUGCAGAAGGUUUUGACCUUCCUCUUUCAAUCACCUUUUUGCAGUUCACUUAUUCGUAGCCCCACCACACAGACUGGAUGUCUCAAGGAAAUGGAUGUUGUAUUUUAACUCGCGGGCAGGCAUAUAUAGAUUGAUUCGUCAGAUGCAAUCAGCGGCCCUGCGGCGAUUAAACUAAUUGGUGUACCUUAGUCCGCACGGUCUCAGAUGAAGUCUUGAUUAUAAGAAAAAGAUUCAAAGGUCGUAGGCAGAAAUUCGCUUUUCGCAGAGCUCUCACCUGAUGUUUCAACAGUGCCCUCCAAACCUUGUUAAGCCAUGUUUCUGUCAGAGAUUUCAUGUCUUAAAAGCCAACUGAUUUUGCAUGUUUGUGUAGACGUAAUCAAGGAUUCUUGUAUUCGAGUUAUGUAGGCCGUCUUAUCAGAUGACUUGUACAGUAGGUGGGCUAACUCAUGAAACGUCAACCGAAAUGCGUUUUUGUUUCGAAAAGAUUAAUUAGGCAGGAUUGUGAAACUAGUCAGCCUGCAAAAUAAUUCUAUGAUAUUUCAGUUACCUCAGGAUGCCGACUUUCGAACGGACUUCCUUCCGACUGCAUGCAAGAACUAUGCUCUCCAAAAAAUGACUACUUCAGUAGCGUAAAAUUUUCUCAUGCAUUUUCGCUGUUCUUAAAAAUUCAAUUAUAUUUCAUGGAAAACAUGCAUAAAAUAUUCCUUUCGCCCAUUCGGUAGAAAACUGCAUCUUCCUACUUUAUACUCUAAUGAAGUGUAUAAUUCGAUUUUUAAAAACUCUUCCAUUUCCCGAAUGCUUUUGAACCCGCUCCGCCGUUACACUUGGAUUCAGGGUUUCCAAUCUACAAGGCGUAUAUUUUCCGCGUACCGAAAACCACACAUUUCUCUACGGUAAUAAAGGUGGACCAUAUAGGGUUCGUAAAAUUUAGCAGCGGAUGUGAUCCAUAUUGUUAACUUUACAAGCCACAUUGAUAAAUGCAGAGACAUGACAAUUUAUGAACGGUCAUUUCACGGUAUUUAAAAGUCCCACAAUUAGAAACUUUUUAAAAACCGAAUAUUGCCCCUCCUUCGUGUAUAAGGUUGGAAGUAGACGCAGUUGUCCACCGAAUAAGUGAAAGAAUGAAUAUUUUUCCUAUGUUUUUCUUGAAAAAUAAUUGGACUUUUAGGGGCAUCGAAAAGCAACGAGACAAAUUCAUGCUACUUAAGUAGUCAUUUUAUUAGAGUGUAGUUUUCCCAUGCAGCCGGAGGAAGUUCGUUCGAAAGCUGGUGUCCUGGGGUAACUGAAUUUGAUAUGCUGAUUGAUUUUAGGACCGUACUUAACUAAUCGUUUCGAAUCGAAAGCGCACUUCGGAAUUUCGGUUGACAUUUCAUGAGUUAGCCUGCCUACUGUAGUCUUGCGUUCUAGCAACCCGUGACUGCCGGGACGCGGUUGCGCCCGAGGCGAUUGGCCAGCUUUACUUCCGGGUUAGCCAGGCGGUUGGGAUAGCGUGAAGGGACUCAGUUUACCCAGCCCUUGCAACAAAUUUGCUUGAAUCUAACGGUGAGAGGCGCUGUGGUAUUGGCAGUUGGCUAGAGGCCCAGCGGGCUCGAUAGAAAUGUCAGGUAUGUGGCGACUGGAUUCUAUUGUAUGUGCGCUUCCCUCUUUCUCCCUCCUCUUUCCUUGUGCGACCUCGACUUGUUUGACACAAGCCUCUGUUGAGGAUCGAAUUUCCUAUCUCUCCUGUCCGAAAUUCACUGUUGACCUGUCUUUUGGGGCGGGCGAACUUUGUCUCAGCCCACCUGCGCCACACAUCAACUCAGGAUGAUUAAGAUGGCACAUUGUUAGCGUACGAUCAACUGGUCCUGCGAUCUUACCCGAUUCUUCAGUUAGAUUGCAUGCUUCCUCCUCCGCCGCCUCCCCCUACAGUUCUUUAUCUUCGAACCCUACACCCUUGGCCUUCCUGACCUUCUCUCCCCCUAGAAUUAGGGCUUCCUCAAUGGAACUCUCUGCCAUCGGUAGAAUUUACGCUUGUUUACACAGAUCGCAGCGGUAGGAUGAAGGAUUGCACUUGAUUGGCGGUAGACUGGAGGUCGUGCCCUACUGUAGGCAUGCGAGAUUGUAGUCUUUGUAGUCUUUAUCCGGUGUUUACUUUUCUAACCAUAGCCUUCUAGACGCACCCUGAAAGUAUCACGACGCUCUGACGGUCGUUGCAUGGGAAGUUAUCAGUGCGCAGGAUUACUGGAGUCUACAAAAAAACUGGGGGUUGGGCUGCAAUGGCCCCCUGCUAUAUGUGACUUCCCUGACUUCCAAACGACGCAUAGGUGGCUUAUAAACGCAUUUUGGCUAAUAUGCUGUCGUUCCCAGUGACUACUCAUCGGUAACUACAGAUCGCGGACUAACCAAUGAAAUGUCAACCGAAAUUCCGAAAUGUUUUUUCGUUUUGAAGCGGGGAAAGUUAUCAGUGUGCAGGAUUACUGGAACCUACACAACACUGGGGGUUGGGCUGCAAUGGCCCCUCCCAUAUGUGAUUUAUCGCGAUCUCGCUUUUGUUCGACCCGAGAUCACCUCACCUCGAAGCCUAGCUUGUGCGUUUCACGUCCAGACAGACUGUUUCACUUUGUCAGUAACUACGCACAAGCCUACCCCGGUCAUCUUGAAACAGUAUGAACGCGGUAUGCAAGCUCGCGCGCAAGCCACCAUUAAACCCCGCCUUCCCCCUCCUGCCGGUCAGUGAUGAUUCUCGUCGCUUGCCUCCAACCAACUGUUUUAUAAAAAGCAUUUCACGACCAUCAGCAAAAUAGUCUUUUCUUAGUCUAUACCAUUUGACGCGAUUCAGCCGCAACUCCCUCCAUACCUUCUACAUUCCCCUGGUUUAUCACGGCUGAAUACCCUCCGGGCUUGGAGUCUCCAACAGAUUUCUUACAGGGGCUCAUCGCUGCAGCCCACGUCUAAGCCGAGAUGUAGGGGAAAGCGAUCCCGGGACACUUGGGUGUUGUUUCAGUUACUCCCUACUCAUGUGAGUCUGAGACAGCAAAUGGAUACAGUCGCUAACAGGAGUUAUUAACUUAAGCCCCUUACUGCAUUGGUCACCAAUUUGGAGCCAUUAUGAUGUUUCGAACCCCAGGGCAGCCGCCUGCUACUGGGCUUAGGCAUGCCGAUGAAAUCAUUCUUUCAAUUUUUGCAUGUCCAUACUAAGGAUAGCCGAGCAGUAUUUAAACCAUAUGCUUGAACUACGCGCCCCCUACCAUUGUAUAUUCCCGGUCGAAAACCGACAGGGCAACGUGCUCGUGGCCGAGGGGUUAGAGGCGUGGACUUCUAACUAAUAUGUCGAAAGUUUGAGCCUCGGGUGUUCCAUACCUCGGGGUUGGGUAUGACUGGCUGACGACGGCUGAUAAGCCAGAAAUGGCCAUGCCAGUUUCUCUUGUCUUUGUCGGUAAUAACAUAUUGCCUAUAUCAUGCACCGCUGUGUGGCUGCUGAUUGGUCUCGAGACAGAGCCCGUAAGGCACAACGGAACGGGUGAGUUCCGUAAGAACGAUCGGUGAGUGCCCCCUACCAUAGCUUCUGUUAUUGCCUACACAUCAGCAAUGCGACUGGAAGUUGCGCAGGAAUCAGCAUCAUGCUGGUCUUCCCAAAGUAGUCGAUUCGCUGCUCUAACCCAGGUCUUGUGAGUUUCUUUUGACAAAACUUAACUCGAGGCAACUUGGCUACUAAAUAGAUCUGGAUCAUGGAGAAUCUGACUCUUUAACGCAGUUUUGGUAAAAACAAACUGUCCCUGAUUGUUUUAUUCGAUCCGUUUCCGUUUCCUUGCAAACCUCUUCCAACUGUUUAAGGUGAAGAUCUCCCGAGGUCUGUUUUAACAGAUUACCCUUUUAAAGCAGUUGCAUUCACAGAAGCAGUCUAUCCAUGUUCUCACCGUAGGCAGAGGUUAAAAGCCCAGACACGUUUUUUGCGGAUUUUCUGCUGUCGCAAUAAGCAGUGUUCCACACUUCGGUGUUUGGGUAUGACUGGCUGAUGACGGCCACUAAGCCAGAAAUGGCCAUUCCAGUCUCCCUUGUCUUUGUCGGUAAUGUUAUUCUACGCAUAGUCAGCCAAUCGCUGCCCUGCACACAUCUGAUUGGCUACUCACUUGUCCUUAUAAGGUGACCCUUUCGCGCGCUCACAUGGACUUCCUGGACUCCCUCCAGGACCGCCUCUUCCUGUUGCCCUGCCGGGCCGUCUUUCUGCACACUCUGAGCACCAACACGGCUGGCCUCCGUUUCUACGCCCGUCACGGUUUCCGGGUGCAUCGAUUGGUCCCGCGUUGCUACCUCAUCGACGGCAAACAUGCAGACGGGUACACCUGCGUCUUUCACAUGAACGGAGGCUUCAGCCAGGAGGCGGGGGACGCUGAAAUUAGGACGUAUCCUUUUUAUAAUAGACUGGUGAUCUGUUGUCCUUCCUGAUCAGUUUAAUCAACUUCUUAUUAAUGGGUGUUUUGGUGGAUUUUGGAUGAUUUGUUUUGACCCAACUGUGGAAACAGCAAGGGGCAGGUUUUUGUACAGCCAUCUGAGCUACGAGGUCCCACCGGAAGCCGUGAGUUUAAUCACAUUCGGGUCAUGUUACCCGCUCAGCCUACUGCAGCGUAUGGAACCCACCAAAUCUGGUACAGUAUGCUGACUCCCUAAGCAGAGUUUCCUAAGUCGUCCAUCAAGAGUCUAUCAGGUAACUACCAGGCUGUCGUGCCUUCGAAUCCCACCGGGGUUGUCGAGUUUUUCACAGUUGGGUCAAAAUAACUUAUUAUCGACUCGCAUUACGCAUCGGCCUAGCCGGCCACUUGCCAAUUCACUGCGCUGAGGCCUGUGAACCAGUGUCUGGAGCUACGAUCUGACCUGCCUAUAAUACCGCAAGACAUUCAGAUAUGGCACUGGUCUUUUCAUGCACACACGCUUUCACAACAAACCCACCUUCUACACCCUGAAGCGUCUUCGCCAACAACAUCUUCGGUACCAGCUGAGUAGUCACAUUUCCAUCCUGUAUCUGCUGCCACCGUACAUUUGCAUCACGCAUUGGCCCAGUCGGUCACUUGCGGAUUUAUCUCACAAUGACCGAAGAACCAGUGCCAGGCGCCCCAGCAUACACCCUCCACAGCCGUCACUCCUGACCAAACUGCCCCAGGACAUUCGACCAUGCGCGUACCCACGAAAAUCCGCACUAACUGCAGUCCAACUCCAUCACCACACUUUUCUUUGGACGUCUCCUCUCCUACACACAUACACACACCCCUAGGCCACAUUUGAACCCCCACACUUCAGGCGCCACCCCCUGUGACACUUUUUUCAUCUCCUAUGACGGGCGCAACAGCAGGCCAGGACAUGCGCGUCUGAUGUAAGUAGGAGACCUGUUCUUGACGUACUCUGGUGGAUGAACUAUUAAUCAGGCUUGUGUGGCAUACUAGGUGGACUGUCUAACUCUGUCAACCACUGCGCUCACAGUAGACUGACAUACGGUGGAUGGCAUUGAGAAUGAGGUCAAAGCUAAGGAGUGCAUCCGCACGACACAUCAGCGCAUUCCUCAGUGUCAUAAAUCUGGCGCUCCAAAAGUCGUGGCUUGACAGGUUACCAACUGACAGGUCACUGGAGUUAUUGAAGAACCCAGAAUCAGACUACAUUAACCCCCUAAUGUGGCCUUUAUGGCAUAUGCAUUGAUGUUAGCUCCGAGUCUCCCCUAUGAAGGUAAAGUAAGUGGGCUUGCUCAUGAAAUCUCAACAUAAAUUCCGAAAGGCGUUUUCGUAUCGAAAAGAUUGAUUAAGUAGGGUUGUAAAACCAAUCAUCGUGCAGCAUAAUUCUAUGAUAACUCAGUUACUCCAGGAUGCCGGCUUUCGAGCAAACUUCUCUUUGGCUGCAUCCAAAAGCCAUACUCCGUAAAAAAUGACUACUUAACUCGCAUGCAUCUUCAUUCAUCUUCGAUCUCCUUAAAGAUUUAAUUAUGUUUCAUGGAAAACAUACACAAAAAUAUUCAUUCUUUUGCUCAUUCAGUAGAAAAUUACGUCUUUUAAUUUUACACUAAAAGGAAGGGUAUAAUUUGGUUUUAUAAAACUUUUCCAAUUCCCGAAUCAUUGUGAACCCAACCUGCCGUUACACUUGCAUUCAGGGUUCCCAAACUACAAGCCGUAUAUUUUCUGCGUGAGGAAAACCAUACAUUUCUCUACGGUAGUAAAGGGGGACGAUAUAGGGUUCAUAAAAUUAAGCGGUGGAUUUGAGCCACAUUGUUAACUUUACAAGCCACAUUGUUAAAUGCAGAGACAUGGCGUUUUAUGAAGGGGAAUUUCAUUUUAUUAAAAACUCUCACAAUUAGAUACUUUUUAAAACCGAUUUAUACCAUUUCUUUGAGUGUGAAAUAGAAUGAAGACAUAAUUUUCUACCGAAUGAGCAAAAGAAUGAAUAUUUUUAUUCAUGUUUUCCAUGAAAUAUGAUUGAAUCUUUAAGGGUGUCGAAAAUCAAUGAAGCAAGUUCGUUUGAAAGCCGGCAUCCUGAGGUAACUGAAGUAUUAUAGAAUUAUGCUGCCUGAUGAUUGGUUUUACAACCCUUCUUAAUUAAUCUUUUCGAAACGAAAACGCAUUUCGGAAUUUCUGUUGGCAUUUCAUGAGUUGGCCCACCUACUGUACAGCAAAAGUCUUGGAACGGGGGUCGUGUGUGGCACAUCCAAACGGGCCGUUCAGUCUCGUCAUCCAUGGUGUCCGAGUCUGCCCCCGAUCUUCUUGGCAUUGUCCCUUUAGUGGGCUGCUUUAAAUCUGUAUUAGCAGUUUGUAAGGGUGUUUAUGUUAGCUGCUUGUGGACCUCCCGGGCACAUCGUAUCAGAAGACUUGUAGUGGGUUUACAACGUAGCAAGAAGUAUGAAGUAAACAAAGCUCACAUGCCAGUAAUAAAGGCCUUCAUGCCAAAGUAACUGGCAUAAGACAAAAAAGACAAUUGGUAUUUCUGCCCACCCCAAACCCCUCGCGAUUUGGAUCCCGCAUAUGCACCGUCACUGUUGCCCACCGACUGCAGAUGUAGCUUUCUCUCCCUUAACAACCAGCCGUUAUCCUUUGUUUGUCCAUGAACUGCUCUGUAAAUAACGUAGGUGGGUAAUCCUGGUUCAUUUGGCCUGAGGUGGUGGACCUCUGCCUGAGAAGACAGACCGAUGAUUUGAGAUUCCUGUCUCCUCUAGCUGUUGCCUUAACACAGUCUUUCCGCUAAAGCCAGUGGUUGACAUGGAUUCGUGAGAGGGGUUCAACCGCCAGAAGCACCGUGGCCACUUUGUUUGUUUCCACAGUCAACACCAUUUUGAACAGGGGUCUGCAGGUCUUGAGCGGUGCCUUUCGUCUCUGUGAUCAGCUCGUCGGCGCCGCACGCCUCAGCACCCUGAAGUUCGCCCUCCCUGCCGUCGCCGGAGUUCAGACGGCCGCGCGCGCUCCCCGCCGGCGAAGUUCCUCCUCCCCCGAGUGGUCUGGAUAUCCUCGCGUCAAAGUCGUCCCCUUGGGAGGCAAGGCCAAGGGCUCUUCCCUCCGACUUGACCAGUCUGGUCUAUCGACAUCCCUCCCCUCUCAGCCUGACUCCGGGGGCGGUGGGAUCUAG